ACCGGAACUCGUGUUCCAUUGGAGAGAGCGGGGCGAGUUUCAGCGACCAAACAGAGCUGUCUCGUUUCAGAGGGGAUUGUUGUUCUUUCUCUCAUUUUUUUAAAGCCCCCUUGGUGUCAGUGAGGAUGAAGCAAAGCUCGAGCGUCCCGGCGUUCCUCACCAAGCUGUGGACGCUGGUGGAGGACGCGGACACCAACGAGUUCAUCUGCUGGAGUCAGGAGGGCAACAGCUUCCUGGUGUUGGAUGAGCAGCGCUUCGCCAAGGAGAUCCUGCCCAAGUUCUUCAAGCACAACAACAUGGCCAGCUUCAUCCGGCAGCUGAACAUGUAUGGGUUCCGUAAGGUCAUGCACAUGGACACUGGGGUCGUGAAGCAGGAGAGGGACGGGCCGGUGGAGUUCCAACACCCCUACUUCAAACACGGACAGGACGACCUGCUGGAGAACAUCAAGAGAAAGGUGUCCAACACUCGGCCUGAGGACAAUAAACUCCGACAGGAAGACCUGACUAAGAUUCUAGCGACGGUCCAGAGCGUCCACAGCAAACAGGAGAGCAUCGACGCCAGGCUGACAACACUGAAGAGGGAGAACGAGUCUCUGUGGAGGGAAAUCUCCGACCUGAGGCAGAAGCACGUUCACCAGCAGCAGCUCAUAAAGAAGCUCAUACACUUUAUCGUCACACUGGUUCAAAGCAACCGCAUCAUUAACUUAAAGCGUAAGAGAUCAAUCCUCAUGAACGGAAACGGGAAAAAGCCCAAAUACUUCCAUGAGAUUUUUGAUGACAACGUUUAUGUUGACCAGACGCCUGUCAACGGUCUGAACGGCGUGAAGGCAUCGGAGGUCUCAGACGACGUGGUCAUCUGUGAUUUGACAGAGGGCGACACUGACGGGACCGCGGAGAUCACAGAGAGUCCACCCCACACCCUUGAGCCCAGUGAGGUGGAGAUUGUGGAGGUGGACCUGGACAGCUGUGGGGUUAUUCCAGCUGAGGCUGAAGUGAGCACCGCCAGCACAGAGGAGCUCCGACAGACGGAGGUGGAAGAGGUCCCCGACAUCACCGCAGUGACGGACACCAUCCAGCGGAGCAGCUCUAUGGACAGCAACGCCCUGCUGCUCAACAAACCCUCCGGUUUGAGUCUGGAGGAUCCCGUAAAGAUGAUGGACUCCAUCAUGAACGAGAACGGAGCAAUCUCCCAGAACAUCAAUCUGCUGGGAAAGCUGGAGCUCAUGGACUAUCUGGACAGCAUUGACUGCAGUCUGGAGGACUUUCAGGCCAUGAUCUAUGAGAAACAGUGCAGUUUUGAUUUUGAGGCCCUUGAGGAGAGCGUUUCAGUUAAGGACAGCAACACAGAGCCAGUCAGAAGCAAGACAGAGAAGGACAACACCGAUAAGCAGCUGAUCCAGUACACCUGCUGCCCCCUGCUGGCUUUCCUAGAUGGCUGUGCCCCUCCCCCAGAUCUGGAUUUGAACUCCAACACUCCAGUGGGGUCAGACUCGUGCUUGCAGGCCCCCUCCAGCCCUGGCAGCGUUGUAGAGCUGCCCUCAGAGCUCCUGGACCCUGACGAGGAGCCGAAGCAGCCGAGCCGCAGCUCCCUGAUCCGCUUGGAGCCGCUGACCGAGGCGGAGGCCAGCGAGGAGACGCUCUUCUACCUGUGCGAGCUGAGUCCUGCCGCACCUGAGACUGACUCCGCCCAACUGAGCCAAGUAUGAGCAGAUCUGUUGGACGUCCUCCUGCUGGGAUCAGAUCCUGCUUGGACUCUGUGCCCCCCCCCCCCCCCCCCCCCCUCCUUCAGCACUUAUCAUCAGCUCAAAUGAGGGGGGAGCACCUCACCACAAAGUUUCUUUCUUAUUAUUCCGACUGCUGCCUGUGUUCUCGUGGAAUUUCUGUGAGACGUAGAGAUGAGGAGCAGACCUCUGUGUUCAGCACCAGAGGAGGAAGAUGAGGCCCAUUUCUUCCUUCUCUCCGCCCAUAUUUGGUCCAAAAGUGCAGUCUCCUCCUUGUACAUACAUUUAUUUAUUUCCAGUUGUUUUUUGUUUGUUUGUUUUUGCUACAUUUCCUUCCAAAGCUAACAUUUCAUAAAGCAGCAUUCCUUCAGAAGAGAGGAGUUUGCUUUGAACUGCUGCGCGGCAGCUUAGCUCAGGUUCUGCAGCGGCCCAUCCAUGCACAAACACUGCAGAGCUGCAGCGGGAGGGAAGGGAAAUUCUCCUGCAGAGAUGCGGCUGAGGAGCGUCGUGACAGCAGCUGAGGUUUCUACACGGCUGGAACCUCUUUGACAUGACAUGAUGGGUAGAACUGCUGAUUUCUGUAAACAAUGAACCGGAACACAGCUUUUUUCAUGCUGCCUCCGCUGAGUCAGGCUGACGUUGUGAGGUACGGUGGUUUCUGUGUCGACCGAUGAAACCAUGCAGCUGAAAUAAAGUUAAUGUCUAGUGAU